AAGCUACCCUGUUGCUUCGGCUGUCUCUGUCUGUCUGCCAGGGUCUCCAGCUGUCCCAAGCUGGCCAGUGUGAGCUUGGGAUCCUCCUGGUGACCUCUCCAGCCAAGGUCUCUCAGCUACUCUGCCCCAAGAUGGGCCGUGGGGCUGGACGUGAGUACUCACCUGCCGCCACCACUGCAGAGAAUGGUGGUGGCAAGAAGAAACAGAAAGAGAAGGAGUUGGAUGAGCUGAAGAAGGAAGUGACCAUGGAUGACCACAAGCUGUCCUUGGAUGAGCUGGGCCGCAAAUACCAAGUGGACCUGUCCAAGGGCCUCACCAACCAGCGGGCCCAAGACAUUCUGGUUCGCGAUGGGCCCAAUGCCCUCACUCCACCUCCUACAACUCCAGAGUGGGUCAAGUUCUGUCGUCAGCUCUUUGGGGGCUUCUCCAUCCUGCUGUGGAUUGGAGCCAUCCUCUGCUUCCUGGCCUAUGGCAUCCAGGCGGCCAUGGAGGAUGAACCGUCCAAUGACAAUCUAUAUCUAGGUGUGGUGCUGGCAGCUGUGGUCAUCGUCACUGGCUGCUUCUCCUACUACCAGGAGGCCAAGAGCUCCAAGAUCAUGGAUUCCUUCAAGAACAUGGUGCCGCAGCAAGCCCUCGUGAUCCGGGAAGGAGAGAAGAUGCAGAUCAAUGCAGAGGAAGUGGUGGUGGGGGACCUGGUGGAGGUGAAGGGCGGAGACCGUGUCCCGGCGGACCUCCGGAUCAUCUCUUCUCAUGGCUGUAAGGUGGACAACUCAUCCUUAACAGGCGAGUCAGAGCCCCAGACCCGUUCCCCCGAGUUCACCCAUGAGAACCCCCUGGAGACCCGCAAUAUCUGCUUCUUCUCUACCAACUGUGUUGAAGGCACUGCCAGGGGCAUCGUAAUUGCCACAGGUGACCGGACAGUGAUGGGCCGCAUAGCCACUCUUGCCUCAGGCCUGGAGGUCGGGAGGACACCCAUAGCCAUGGAGAUUGAGCACUUCAUCCAGCUGAUCACGGGGGUGGCUGUAUUCCUGGGGGUCUCCUUCUUCGUGCUGUCCCUCAUCCUGGGCUACAGCUGGCUGGAGGCAGUCAUCUUCCUCAUCGGCAUCAUUGUAGCCAACGUGCCUGAGGGGCUUCUGGCCACAGUCACUGUGUGCCUGACCCUGACGGCCAAGCGCAUGGCACGGAAGAACUGCCUGGUGAAGAACCUGGAGGCGGUGGAGACGCUGGGCUCCACGUCCACCAUCUGCUCAGACAAGACGGGCACCCUCACCCAGAACCGCAUGACAGUCGCCCACAUGUGGUUUGACAACCAGAUCCAUGAGGCUGACACCACAGAAGACCAGUCUGGGGCCACUUUCGAUAAACGAUCUCCCACAUGGACAGCCCUGUCCCGGAUUGCUGGUCUCUGCAACCGUGCGGUCUUCAAAGCUGGGCAGGAGAACAUCUCUGUGUCCAAGCGGGACACAGCUGGUGAUGCCUCUGAGUCAGCCCUGCUGAAGUGCAUUGAGCUGUCCUGUGGCUCAGUGAGGAAGAUGAGGGACAGGAAUCCCAAGGUGGCAGAGAUUCCUUUCAACUCUACCAAUAAGUACCAGCUGUCCAUCCACGAGCGGGAAGACCUCCCCCAGAGCCACGUGCUGGUGAUGAAGGGGGCGCCAGAGCGCAUCCUGGACCGGUGCUCCACCAUCCUUGUGCAGGGCAAGGAGAUCCCGCUGGACAAGGAGAUGCAAGAUGCCUUUCAAAAUGCCUACAUGGAGCUGGGAGGCUUGGGGGAGCGUGUGCUGGGCUUUUGUCAGCUGAAUCUGCCCUCUGGAAAGUUUCCUCGGGGUUUCAAGUUCGACACAGAUGAGCUGAACUUUCCCACAGAGAAGCUCUGCUUUGUGGGGCUCAUGUCCAUGAUCGACCCUCCCCGGGCUGCUGUGCCAGAUGCGGUGGGCAAGUGCCGAAGUGCAGGCAUCAAGGUGAUCAUGGUGACAGGGGACCAUCCUAUCACAGCCAAGGCCAUUGCCAAGGGCGUGGGCAUCAUAUCCGAGGGCAAUGAGACAGUGGAGGACAUUGCCGCCCGGCUCAACAUCCCUGUGAACCAAGUCAACCCUAGAGAAGCCAAGGCGUGUGUGGUGCAUGGCUCCGACCUGAAGGACAUGACAUCAGAGCAUCUGGAUGAGAUCCUCAAGAACCACACAGAGAUCGUCUUUGCCCGGACGUCCCCUCAGCAGAAGCUCAUCAUUGUGGAGGGAUGUCAGAGGCAGGGAGCCAUCGUGGCUGUGACAGGGGACGGGGUGAAUGACUCCCCUGCUCUGAAGAAGGCUGACAUUGGUAUUGCCAUGGGCAUCUCUGGCUCUGACGUGUCUAAGCAGGCGGCCGACAUGAUCCUGCUGGAUGACAACUUUGCCUCCAUUGUCACGGGGGUGGAGGAGGGCCGCCUGAUCUUCGACAACCUGAAGAAGUCCAUCGCCUACACUCUGACCAGCAACAUCCCCGAGAUCACCCCCUUCCUGCUGUUCAUCAUUAUCAACAUCCCCUUGCCUCUGGGCACUGUCACCAUCCUCUGCAUCGACCUGGGCACAGACAUGGUCCCUGCCAUCUCCUUGGCCUAUGAGGCAGCUGAGAGUGACAUCAUGAAGCGGCAGCCGCGGAACCCUCAGACAGACAAGCUGGUGAACGAGCGGCUCAUCAGCAUGGCCUACGGACAGAUCGGGAUGAUUCAGGCACUGGGUGGCUUCUUCACCUAUUUUGUGAUCCUGGCUGAGAACGGUUUCCUGCCAUCACGGCUGCUAGGCAUCCGCCUCGACUGGGAUGACCGCUCCAUGAACGACCUGGAGGACAGCUACGGGCAGGAGUGGACCUACGAGCAGCGCAAGGUGGUGGAGUUCACAUGCCACACAGCCUUCUUUGCCAGCAUCGUGGUCGUGCAAUGGGCUGACCUCAUCAUCUGCAAGACCCGCCGCAAUUCAGUCUUCCAGCAGGGCAUGAAGAACAAGAUCCUCAUAUUUGGGCUCUUGGAGGAGACGGCAUUGGCUGCCUUUCUUUCUUACUGCCCGGGCAUGGGCGUAGCCCUCCGCAUGUACCCACUCAAGGUCACUUGGUGGUUCUGUGCCUUCCCCUACAGCCUCCUCAUCUUCAUCUAUGAUGAGGUCCGCAAGCUCAUCCUGCGGCGAUACCCUGGUGGCUGGGUGGAGAAGGAGACGUACUACUGAGCUCACUGGAAGAAGAAGCAGGCACGGGGAAGAUGGGAGCUCUGGAGGUGUUACGGGGAUGGCGAUGGAGAGGGAUGGAAAAAAUGGGGUGGUAUUUUGGGGGAGAGGCAAUGAGGCAACUCAGCAGGCUAAGUUGCAGGUGAAGCGUAAAUAAGGCUGGGGUGAUUGCCUGUAGCCCUGGCUGUGAGCGGUCAGACUAGACACCACAUAUUAGGGCCCCUCCCUAGACCCUUUUGCAUCCCUCUCCACUAUGUUGUCUAUUUUUUUCUGAGGAAUUGAAGAUUACCCCACUCCUCCCCGUCCCCUCUUUCUUCACCCCCACCUCCUACUAUACCAGAUCAAUAUCAAAGGCAGGGAAAAGAAAAGUCUCUCCAGUCACCACAUGUCCCUCUAGCCCUCCAGCCUCACUCUGCGGCCCACUGUAACUCUUGGUUAGCUGCCUGCCCAGCUCUGUGAGGACUGACUCCCACCUCAGACCUUGAAGUCACAAAAGGCUCCUCUGAUGAGUACAAGAGCUUGAGACCAGAAGGGGAAGCUAGUGGCAGAGGCCACUAUCCUCCCAUCUAGGCUGGUUUAGGGACCUGGAGAGGGGAGCUGGGUAGACUGGCUGGAGGUUGGGGUAGGGCUGGCUGCAGAAGGAGAGACAAAACACCAAGAACAAGCACGUGGCAUUUCAAGAGUCUACAGAUAGACCCAGUGGGCUCUAGCCCUACAUCCUGGCCUUUUAGAACCACUGGCAGACCAAAUUCAGGUCUCAUCAGAGCAGCAGAGGCAGUGUGGGGAGCUUUUCGGAGACACCACACUCGUGUGCCAUGGGGUUCCCGCUGACCCUGGGUCAGUGCUCUUCUUGGUCCAUGAGGACCCAGAGGUCACAGAAGCACCAGCUCCCAGGCACGCUGAGGAACACAUGCAACGCUGGGCCCUUGGAAGCUCCAUGCUGUCUCAGGGGAACUGUCUCUGCCAGCUCCUUUUUAGCCCCUCCCACCCCUUUCCCCCUCGUCCCCAUUUCUAUGAACCUGCGUCAUUCCUGGGCACUGCCAAGCCAGCCCUGGGAAAGGAAUUCCCUGGCCAUUGGCUGGAAUCAGGGUGGAAACUUCCCAGAAUGUUCCUGUCUUCCAGGGACAUGCAGAAUCAGACCAGGCCAUGCACAUGGUCAGAACCUUUGGACAACAAGAGGGAAAAUAUUAGAAGACUUGUCUUUGACCUUCACAGGCAGGACUGUUCCUCCCAGCGAGUGCCCUUCACUCUGAUGCUUUUCUGCCCACUUCCCCAACAUGGGGAGCUGGUUUCAGUUUCCUAGGGGAGAUGCCUUUCUUCCCUUUGCUCCCUCCCCACCUGACAUUUUUGCUCUGCAGGCAACUCUGCCCAUCCUCUAAGUCUGUUGGCACUAGACCAUCCAGUGCAGAGAGACCUAGUAAGCCAUGCAAGUGAGAGACACCUGAGGAGAAUGGAGACUUAAGGCGGAAAGGAAAAAAGCACAAAAGAGAAACAUUAGGUCAGGUUCAUGAAUAAUCCCAGGGGCUAUUAUUUCAUUACACUGGAAUUUUGCUUUAUCAGAAGUACCUGGAAGUAAGUGAGUUAUUGCCUUGGGCUUGGAAUUCUAAAUGGGAGACCAUUUUAACUUGGGCCCGAUUAAUUGGACAUUUUUACCUGUGGACAAAAGUUUAUCUUUGCACAAUCAAAAAAUGAUAUUUGUUUAGUAAAUUAAGAGCAUAAACAAUAUUGCUAGGGGUGGCCUAUUUAGUCUACAUAAACCAAUACUUUUUAGGCACUGUAGAAUUACUUCCACUUAGAGGUAGUGAGUGCAUGGGCUAAUUAUCAUCAAUUCUUACGUAUUUGUUAAAGAAACAUCUAGCGUAUCUUUAUGGGUGACCUUUUGUAAGCCGUUAGUUUGAGGCACUGUGUAUGUACUUGAAAAUAAUAAAUUUCUUUAUGAAAAAGGAA